AUGAUCGAAAACAUUCGACUCGAUGUGAUGCCAAUCAUUCAAAUCGAUAUGAUCGUAAUGGUAAGUUGCAUUUUACCAAUUGAGACCUGACAAUAUUUUGUCUUGUAGGUUCUGUUACAUAUGGCAACAUGUCAAAAUCCUAUAAGGGUUUCCGAGGAUGCGUUUUUCUUUAGAGAGUUAGCCGGUACGUAUAGAACAAGCGUAAGAUAUAAAUGAAGGGUUCGCAUAAGAGAUUAGAUAUAGAUUAAGGAUUAGAAUAAGGGGAUAGAUAUAGAUUAAGGGUUAGAAUAAGAGGAAAUAUAUAAAUUACAGGGGUACGAGCGAAUCUUAGAGCGAGUUCUUUUUUGGUCUAGAUGAUUGUAUUGGUAUAGAUAUAUAGGGUGUCCAGUAAUUCACUAGAGUUGGAGAAAAAAAUUUGAAUAUUUUCAUGAAUCUUCAACCAAAUGAGCUGAAUUUUUUUUGGAAGGUAGAGGACACG